AUGACAACUAGUUCAUCAAUAAUGAAAUCCCAUUAUCUGUUACCCGGUGAACGUGAUAAUAAAUCAUCAAUUGUUCAUACACAUGGAACAAUACAAAAUAAUUUUAUUUCAAUACCUCGUAUUUAUCAACCAAAAGAAAAUGAUUAUGUUAUUGGUAUUGUUAUUGUUCGUACGCCUGAUCUAUUUCUUGUUGAUAUAAAUAGUAUUGAAUCAGCUAUAUUACCAAUUCCAUCAUUUGAUCAUGGUCGUUUACCAGCUCGUAAUACAAUGAAUCGUUUAAGUGUUGUUUAUGCUUAUGUUGUACGUACAGAUUCUUGGACACAAACAGAAUUAUCAUGUCAAUCAAUAGAUCGUUCAAAGAAAAGAAAUGAUUUUGGUCUUAUUGAACAAGGAAAUAUUCUUCGAUGUUCAUUAGUAUUAUGUGAAAAAUUACAACGAUCACAAUUAAUAAAUCAAUUAAAUCGUAUUAUAAAAAAUUUUCGUAUACGUAUUACAAAAAAUGGUUUUAUAUGGUAUGUAACUGAUACAAUUAAUUCAAUGAUUGCUGUAAAAAAUAUUUUAUAUAAACAUGAAUUUGAAAAUAAUAUUGAUUUUUUAAUAAAACUUUAUAAUGAAUUAAUGACAAAACUUCAACAACAAGAUGAUAGUCUUAUUAAAGUUAAACAACAACAACAACAACAAAAACAAAUAAUUGUAAAAAAAGAUGUAGAAAUAAUUAAAACUGAACAACAGAAAAAUCCUAAUGCAGUUACACGUUUACUUUAUGGAGUUAUUCAAAGUAUUCUUGAUAAAAUUAUUGAUGAUAUUGUAAACAAUGAAAAUAGAUAA